AUGCCUAACAUACAAGCUGCCUAUGAAUUAGUGAUACAAGAAGUUGCUAAGGAUAUCCAGGUACAGCACCCUGCAGCCAAGUCCAUGAUUGAGAUCAGCCGCACUCAAGAUGAGGAAGUUGGUGAUGGGACCACAUCAGUUAUCAUUCUAGCUGGAGAAAUGCUGGCUGUAGCUGAACAGUUUCUCGAACAACAGAUACAUCCAACUGUCGUGAUCAGUGCUUACCGUAAGGCCUUGGAUGAUGCAAUCAAUAUCCUUAAAGAGAUAAGUACUCCAGUAGAUGUUAAUAACCGUGAGAUGAUGCUGAAGAUUAUACACAGUGCCAUUAAUACAAAAGCUAUUAGCCGCUGGGCAGACCUAGCCUGCACCAUUGCCCUGGAUGCUGUGAAAACUGUACAGUUUGAGGACAAUGGAAGGAAGGAGAUCGACAUUAAGAAAUAUGCCAAAGUUGAAAAGGUACAUGGUGGAAUUUUAGAGAUUUAUAAAAAAAGAAAUUAUGAAAUUUCAUCCAUAAACGAAGUAAACAUAGGUUAUCGUAAAAUUGACUUGUUUUUGGAAGAACUGCUGUUAGACGAAAGAAUUGAUGCUGACAUAAAUUAUGAAAUUUCAUCCAUAAACGAAGUAAACAUAGGUUAUCGUAAAAUUGACUUGUUUUUGGAAGAACUGCUGUUAGACGAAAGAAUUGAUGCUGACAUGUAUAACUAUUUAAAAAUUGAGUUUCCUGUUAUCAGUACUAUAGUAGGGAUACCUAAAGUACACAAAAAUGUGAAUGAUCCCCCAUUUCGUCCCAUCAUAUCUGGUAACAGAUCUAAAACCUUCCUUUUUGGAUCUGUAAUAGACAAAUGGUUAAAGCCCUCAUACAAAAACACUAGACACUUGUUAAAAGACUCAUGGGACCUUCUAGGGAGACUAACUCCUGACUUGUACUCCACAAGUACACAUCUGGUCACUAUAGAUGUAGUAGACCUUUUUUCCAGCAUCCCUUUGGAUGAAGGGAUGAGGAGAUUUAGCAACAGCAUUGACAAGUAUAGUACCUUAGAUUGGGAUAAGAGGUUACUAGUUAUGGAAUUCAUUGAUAUUGUGUUAACACACAAUUAUGUGUAUUUUGAAGGUGAAUACUACAGACAGUGCAAAGGGGUAGCUAUGGGAGCGGCUUGCGCUCCCAUAUUUGCCAACUUGUUCCUAUUAGAUUGGGAGAAUGAAUACAUUUUGCAAACUGAAUGGAAAGGUUAUAUUAACCUAUACACGAGAUUUUUGGAUGAUACUGAACUUGAAAUAAUUCGUGAGGAGGACUUUAGUCGUGUUCUUCAAAUGGAGGAGGAGUAUAUCCAGCAGAUUUGUGAGGAUAUAGUAAGAGUCAAACCAGAUGUAGUUUUCACAGAGAAGGGAAUUUCAGAUCUGGCACAGCAUUAUUUGAUGAAGGCUAACAUCACAGCCAUCCGAAGAAUCAGAAAGACUGACAACAACAGAAUUGCUAGGGCUUGUGGUGCAAGGAUUGUUAGCCGUACAGAUGAGUUGCGUGAAGAUGAUGUUGGUACUGGAGCAGGACUCUUUGAGAUUAAAAAAAUUGGUGAUGAGUAUUUCACAUUUGUCACAGACUGUAAAGAUCCAAAAGCAUGCACUAUAGUUCUUCGAGGAGCAAGCAAGGACAUCCUGGCAGAGGUAGAGCGGAACUUACAGGAUGCCAUGCAAGUUUGUCGUAAUGUGUUGUUGGAUCCACAUCUUGUACCUGGAGGUGGGGCUACUGAAAUGGCAGUUGCCCAUGCCCUGACUGAGAAGUCAAAAUCCAUGACUGGCGUGGAACAGUGGCCAUACCGUGCUGUAGCACAGGCCUUGGAGGUCAUUGCCAGGACACUUAUUCAGAACUGUGGAGCCAGUACUAUACGUGUGCUGACAUCUCUAAGGGCAAAGCAUACGCAGGAAGGCUGCCAGUCAUGGGGUGUUAAUGGUGAAACAGGUGUUCUGACUGACAUGAAAGAAAUGGGCAUUUGGGACCUUGCUGUCAAGUUGCAGACAUACAAAACUGCAGUGGAGGAUAGCAAAGGAAGCUCUGAAACUCCUUCUACUAGCGCCAUUUUGGCUGAGGCAGCAUUGGUUUCCCCUGCUGUUUCACGUGACAAAGAGAAAUUACAGGAGAAGACCUCUUCAACAGGACCUGAUAACUCGGCAGAAAGAUUGCUUCCCCAGCCAGGUCUUCCAUAUCUCACUUGUCCUUAUGGAUGA